AUGAGAUGCUUUGUGGUGUUUUGUUUAUCUUGCAUUUGUGUGUGUGCUGGAUUUGCGGUAAAAGAAAAUCUAUCAGAUAGUCAAGAACCUAGAGCCGCAAUCUCGGAUAUGGUUAUGGCUUUUGUGGUUUUUCGACAUGGCGACAGAACACCUGACCAAGAAGAGCUGGAUAAAUACCCUUCAUCAGAUCUAAAUUCGAACAUAUUCUUUCCAUACGGCAAAAAGUCUUUAACCAACAAGGGAAAGCGACGAGCAUUUAGCGUAGGGCAGUACUUGAGGAAACGUUACGACAACAUUAUAUCAAAACUCUACUUGCCUGAGGAGAUAAACAUACAAACAACUGACUAUGCUCGGACAAAGAUGACCGCAUUAUCUGCUCUAUCAGCCCUUUACCCGCCACCACCACUUCAGCAGUGGCUUCCUAACUUCAAUUGGCAACCAAUACCUUACGACACGGCACAGCGCAGUGAUGAUUAUUUCUUGCACUUCAGUAACUGUCCAAGAUAUCUUCGACUAAAAAAUGAAUUAUAUAAAUUACCAGAAAUCGAUAGCUAUUUGAAGUCAUCACAGGAUCUCUUCAGAUUUCUUAGUAAAAACACCGGAAGUAAUAUAACGGUGCCCGAAGAUGUAUUCUUUUUGGAUAAUUUAUUUCAAACUCUGAAUAAUGUCAAUGUUCCAACGCCGAAGUGGGCCGAACAAAUUAUGCCAAAGAUAAAAGAAAUGACUAAGAUCGAGUACAUGCUAAUGUAUUACACAGAUGAGCUGAUAAGAUUAUCCGCAGGAGGCUUACUAUCAGAUAUAUUCAAUGUAACGAACGCGAAAGUCAAGGAAGGCAAGAAACAGCCCAAAUUGUUCCUUUACUCUGCACAUGAGAACAACGUUGCUGCUCUUCUAGCAGCCACAAGAACCUUCAUACCUCAUCAGCCCAAAUACGGUUCCACUGUAUCUCUGGAGCUUUGGAAAAACCGCAUGACCAACGAAUAUUCUUUUAUGGUUGUGUACGCACCCGAAGCGGGAGGUGAUGGAGUGAUGUUACCAGUUAAUGGAUGCGGAAAUAGGUAUCUUUGCGACUACAAUACAUUCCUCAAACUAACCCAAGAUUACGUGUUACUCCAUAGCGAAUACAAAAAACGCUGUUCUUAG